GACGGAUAUUAUGGAACCCGCGAGCUGCAAAUUCCAAGCUCUGCACUUCUGCCUUCGACAACUUGAGAUUCAAUAUUUGUGGUGCUCUGCUGAUAACUGUUCUUUGCAUUCCUGUGCUCGGUGACACGGAUCCUCGGGUCGACUGUGGUAAUUUAUUUUAAUAUUGCUGCUCCACGUCCUCCUCCACCGCUUUUGGCUGGGUUGGAGCCUCCCCGCCUCCUGUCUCCGUCUCCCAGCGCACCACUCUAGUGUGAAGUAGCUCGUGUGAAAAGGAAAACACCCGGCGAAAGUUAUACGUCUCAAUUGCCAUUCUCACAGUCUAGUCGAGGUUCACCCUCGUAAACAGAGUACCCCGUCAGUGCUCUGUGCGCCCGUGAAGCCGACUCGCCGUCCCCCCCCCUCCUCUCCGGGCAUCAGAGAUAUUGUGGCGGAUAGGUACAUCGUCUGUUACAUACCUUACAUGUGGACAGAGGACUGCUAGUCAAAAUGAAGGGCUUCAGGCAGAGAGUGCAUGAGCAGCUUUCGCGCGCGAAGGACUCGAACAAGUCCUCGAAGAAGAAAGACUCCUCAUCCUCUUCCACACCUGCCACAGCUCCCGCGUCCACGCCUUCCGGCCAAGGCCCAUCACCCACAAACUCGGGCCAUGGCACCCCGAACUCAUCUACCACCGCGUUAAAUGAGACAAAGGGAAAGGCUACCGCGCCCACCGACAAUGCAGGACACCCCCAGAUGACCAUUCACCAUAACGCACACGUUGUGCCGAAUCCCGUGCCCGCUCCCCAGCAUUACCCUCCUCAGCAACCCCACGCCGGAAUGCACCCCGGCCAAAUGUCGGCAAAUGGACCAGGGACUCCUUCUCGACAAGUCCAACAAAUUGCCCCAAGCGUGAUCAUCAGCCCCAGCGCUCCGCAUAUCCCACCUCCUGGAGCUGCCGAAACAAUGCCCGGGGACCUUCAACCCCCAAAGAUUGGCCAGAAAUCGCAUGCCUUCGAUCGACUGCACACGACUCCCAGGGACGUCCCUGAGGGGAUUCGAACUCCAAAACGACAACAUUCUUCCCGCUUUGAUAUUUCAGACCAGCGUCAGAGGGACCUAGAAAAGUUGCCUGGAUUUCAUGAAGUGCCACCGAACCGUCGUCAAGACCUCUUCAUGCAAAAGAUCGAGCAAUGCAACAUUAUAUUUGACUUCAAUGAUCCCACCGGUGACAUGAAAUCAAAAGAAAUCAAACGACUUGCUUUGCAUGAGCUGCUCGAUUAUGUUGCAAACAACCGCUCUGUUAUCACCGAUCCUAUGUACCCAAAAGUCGUAGAAAUGUUUGCCAAGAACCUAUUUCGACCAAUUCCUCCCCCAGUGAACCCCCAGGGGGAUACUUUCGAUCCCGAAGAAGAUGAACCAGUUCUAGAAGUUGCCUGGCCGCAUAUUCAAGUUGUCUACGAAUUUUUCCUAAGAUUUAUUGAGAGCCAAGAUUUUAACACGAACGUUGCUAAAGCUUAUAUUGACCAGCAUUUUGUUUUACAGCUCCUUGAAUUAUUCGACUCGGAAGAUCCUCGGGAACGCGAUUUCCUUAAAACCACCUUACACCGUAUUUAUGGAAAGUUUUUGAAUCUUCGCUCAUACAUUCGCAAGUCUAUCGGGAACGUGUUCUUUCAGUUUAUGUAUGAGACCGAGCGUUUUAAUGGCAUCGCAGAGCUUUUGGAAAUUCUGGGAUCCAUUAUUAAUGGAUUUGCUCUUCCACUCAAACCGGAGCACAAGACUUUUCUUACACGGGCUUUAAUCCCGCUUCAUAAAGUCAAGAGUUUGAGCAUGUACCAUCCUCAGUUAGCCUAUUGCAUCGUUCAAUUCCUUGAGAAAGACUCGACUUUGACCGAAGAGGUUGUUUUGGGACUUCUCCGUUUCUGGCCAAAGACCAACAGUACCAAGGAAGUUAUGUUCCUUAAUGAAGUCGAGGACAUAUUUGAGGUGAUGGAUCCGAGAGAAUUUGCCAAGGUUCAGGAGCCUCUUUUCCAUCAGUUGGCGAAAUCGGUUUCUAGUCCGCACUUCCAGGUUGCUGAACGAGCUCUCUACUUCUGGAAUAACGAAUACUUCUGUAACCUCGUUGGCGAUAACGUGGAAACGAUACUUCCGAUCAUGUUCCCGUCACUCUAUGAAAAUUCGCAAGGCCACUGGAACAGGACUAUUCAUAGUAUGGUCUACACUGCGAUGAAAAUGUUCAUGGAAAUUAAUCCGCAGCUUUUCGAUGACUGCUCCCACGAAUACCGUGAACUUCAAGAGAGCGCACCAGCCCGUGAGCAGAGUAGAAAGGCGAAAUGGGAAAAGCUGGAAGAGUUAGUGAAGGCUCAAAAGAACAAAGACCACGCUACUUUGCGUUCGAAUAAGCCAUUCGCAAAACUUCCUAGUCAUCCAGAAGACCCGGAACUGAUCGCUCAGGAUAAUCGGCAGCGACUUAAUGCGUUGAAAUUGCAAGAUGAGGCAGAAACGACUAAGGACUCCAACCAGCACCGGUUGCCAGAGCGAGAGGGACAGCAUUCGGUUAGUGGCUCACACGUUGGUUGAUACAUUCCCAGCCGUAUCUCUCUUUCCCAAUCUCCGCUUGAAUACCUCUAUUAUCGUUUGAAAGAGCGCGUUAUUGAUGUCUUUAGCCGCUAUGAUUCUAACGUUUACAUACGUUUGAUUCAGAGGCGCCGGCGUGGAUCGUUCGAUGAUUCUCGGGGUCGACGGGUUGGAACCAGCACUGGACACAGAAGACGUGGCGAACGACGAAGGUCUGUUGGGAGCGGCAGCGGGCCUUCGUCGGUCUCAGCAGUUACCCGUAGUAACUCCACCAGCAACGUCAUGCGAACGAUUUGAUACCACUGUUCUUUGAUGACACUGAAAACCCUUUGCUGACCUGUACAAUGAUGACAUUUGGCAUGAGCAAGCUGCAACGACCCUUGUGAUUUGUUUUACCCCAUUUCCCCAUUUCCCCAUGCACCGGCUACCUGCCUUUCAUUUCUUUUCUCUCUUUUCUCUUUUUUCCUUUUUUUUUUUUUUUCCCCCUUCCUGCUUUUGCGUGCCGUUCAGUUUAAUAAUCCCUGGUUUCUUGUGUACAUGGGACUUCUUUUUGAUUCCUUAAUUUUAUUUUCUUCUGCCCACCAUGACUAUGGAAAUAGGACUGCUUGGACCGUUCUAGAUUGCGUCAGGUUAGGGAAAAAUUGGUGUGGACGGCGUUGCCAUUGUUCCUUGGUUUGGGUCAGUUUUAGGACCCAUUUGAUUUUAUUUACAGAUACCUUCUGCAAAUGGAUUGAUGUUGCAAUUUCUC